AUGCGUUUAUAUUCAAUUUUGGCCGGUUCCGCGCUCGCCGGAGUCGCCGAAUUUCUCCAAGACACUUAUGACCAUUCAAAGUUGAGCGAAUUGUUCAAAGUGACGCCCGAAGAUUUCGCCGUUUCCGAGAAUGAUGCGAGAAAACAGUUUGAAGAAUUUCUUCUGGAGUAUCCUAAGAUGUAUUCUGCUCAAGAAAGUCACUCCAAAUUUCAGACUUUUUGGGAGAAUCUCAAGCGAAUCAAAUUCCACAACCACAUCGAGCAAGGCAGCGCCCGCUACGGCGUGACCGAGUUUGCCGACCUCUCCGACUACGAAUUCCGCCGCCACUAUCUCGGACUCAAGCCGGAGCUCAAAAAUCCCAACCGAAGAAAAUACCAAAGAAAGCCGCAAAACUCCUCGCGGAAGCUGAAGUUUGCGAAGAAAGAAGAAGAAACUUUUGACUGGGUUGAAAAAGGAGCUGUGACGGAGGUCAAAAAUCAGGGCAUGUGCGGUUCUUGCUGGGCCUUUUCGACGACUGGAAAUAUCGAAGGAACUUGGUUCAAGGCGACAGGAGAACUGAUCAGCUUGUCGGAACAGGAACUUGUCGAUUGCGAUCAAAAAGACAGCGGCUGCAACGGUGGCCUGAUGGACCAAGCUUUCGAAGAAGUCAUCCGAAUUGGCGGCCUGGAAACUGAGCAGCAGUACCCUUACGAUGGGCACCAGGAAACUUGCAAUUUUGAGAAGUCCCUUUCCAAGGUUCAAAUCGACGACUUCAUGGACAUCGGUGAAGACGAAGACGUGAUCGCCGAAGCACUCGAAGAACACGGCCCUCUUUCUAUCGCCAUCAAUGCUUUUGGCAUGCAGUUCUACCGUGGCGGCGUUUCCCAUCCUCUUUCCUUCCUCUGCUCACCAGAAGGCCUCGACCAUGGCGUCCUAAUGGUCGGCUACGGAGUCGAGCACCACACGAGCUGGCGCCACCGACAUCCCCGACCGUACUGGAAGAUCAAGAACUCCUGGGGACCACGAUGGGGCGAAGACGGCUACUACCGAGUCAAGCGAGGCCAGGGCGUCUGCGGAGUCAACAAGAUGGUUUCUACCUCCAUCGUCAAGCCCAGAAACGCGACGAUCAAUAACUGA